CCGCCAUUGUACUGUAUAAACAACGACCGGGACGGUGUUGAACGGCGAUCGUGUGCGUGUUUUAUAAGUUCUAAUAGAUAAUUAUAAAAUAAUAUAUUUAAAAUGUCCGAUGUUGAAUCAGCAAAUACCAACAACUCUGUAAAUGAGGAAAAUAGCCAGACCACCAAAUCUAAAAGGUCGAGAAAGUCUAACUCGCCUAGGAAUGAAGCUGUGGUUAAGGGAUUAGGACCUGAGGUUGAAGGUAGGAGGCGAACGAGAUCUGCUGCCAAGGGAAUAACAGCCACUCCACCACCACCAGCAAAAAAAGAACGUCGUAGUCGUGGAAAGAAGAGCACAAGUGUAGAUGAAAGCGAGUCAACAAUCAAUAAUGAAAGCAGUGAGGAGGUGAAAACAAAUGAGGAAGAAGAAAAAAAAGAACCAGAAACAACAGAAAAUAACACUCAUGAUGAGAAAGAAGAAACUGCAAAUAACAAUGCUGAAACUACAAAAGAAACCGAAACCACUGAAAAUGGAGCAAAAGAAGACAGUGUAGACGCCCCCGAAGAGGAGAAGAAAACGGAGGAAGUGAAAGAAAAUUCCGAAGAAAACAGCAGUGCUGCUAGCUCAGCAGAAACAGAAGCUGAGAAAAAUUCUGAAUAAACAUAUUUAAUGUAUGACUUUUAAUACUGUAGGAUAUAAAGUGACAUGUAAUUAACAGUUUUAGGCAUUGUGAUCACAAAUGAAAAAAGGUUCGUUUAUUUCUAAAGAUUAAGUCGUACAAGGUUACAUUGUGUCAUUUCAAGUCAUGUCGGACAAUUACUUUUAAAUAUAUGAUUAUAGUAGAUUAUCACUUUAUUUACUUUGUACAUUUUGAUUCUUUAAUAGUAAUUGUUGGACAAAAGUAAACUUCAAUUUUUAUUGAUUAUUAUAAGUACAUAUUUUCAUAUGUACCUGAAUCUCUAUUCAUAAAGCGAAAGUUUAAAUAUGAGGUACAUGUUGAAUAUGGUUUUUCUUGUCUUUCAUUACCUACUAUUUAGUUAGUGUUACUGAAACUCACAUUUAAUUUGUUGAUAGCCAUUUCAUGAUUAUGUGUAAUCCGAUUGUUGAUUAAUACAGGUUUUCACUCUAAA